AUGGAUACUGAGAAUUCGCAAUGUUUAUUAUCAUCAUCAUCUUCUUUACCUCAACAGCAAAAUCAAGUCGAAUCGUACAUAGGAAACUACGUCACUCUGAUUUCUAACUGCGAUUUACGUUACGAUGGUCUUCUCGGUUACGUCAAUCUUCAAGACUGGAUUCUAGUUCUCCAAAACGGAAGAGGCAGUAACGGAUUUUAUGUUAUGCCUUCUAAUCAAGUUUUCGAAUACAUUGUUUUCAACGGAAUUUAUCUAAAGAAAAUACUAGUUCAGCCUUCUUCUACGCGUUACGGUUACGGUGUUUCACCAAAAGGAGCUAAGAUACAUCAGAAAGUUCCACUAAUCUCCAAUGAAAACAUCGAAAAACCGCAAGCUACUACGGAUUCUGAGGCUUCCUCGGUUAAUGGAUCAGUCAAUGAUAGAUCACUCAUUGCUUCAAAUCCGCUUGCUCAACCACAGUUUCCCGGUUCAUAUCCGUUUGCUCAACCACAAUUUCCCGGUUCAAAUUACUACGAUCCUCGGUCUUUGCCUAACUAUGGUUUACUUAAUCAAGCUCCUACAAACAAUGCCUCUGAGGCAAUGCUUACUCCAACAAACCCAUCUCAAAGCUUUUUUACCAUAGUACCACCGAAUUUUGGAAGAUAUUAUUCUGAGACAGUGAAUCAAAACUUCAAGAAUUACAAACUUUGGGGUCCUUCCAGAAACAAUAAUCAAAAAGAUGAAACUGCGCGCAAUCCGUUAGACCCUAUUGAGAGACCUUACCAUCCAUUUGGCCCUAUUGAGAGACCUUUGGACUAUUCCGAGGAAAUUUAUAAUUACAUACAAAGUGGCUUCUAG